GAAACGGCCGUUCCGCUUGGAGCCAGUUCCUGCCUGAUAGGAGACCAGCUGGGGAGCCUGGCCUUUCCUCUGCUGGUACCAGGACAGAUAUGGAGGCACUGAUAUCUGCCAAGUGGACCCUUUCUUCACCUGGAGGAUGGUGCAGGAAGAGAUGUCACCUGGAUCAUUUCCUUUGGCUGAGCCGAUGGACCUGGACAUAUGGGAGGACAUGGAAAAUGGGACGAGUGUGGAAGAGUUCAUCCUUCUUGGCUUCCAAGGCACGUGGCAUUUCCGGGUCUCCCUUGCGGUGCUAUUUGCCCUGAUCUACUCCCUGACAAUAAUGGGCAACACAUCCAUCAUAGCCCUCGUGUGGACAACCAGGAAACUCCAGACGCCAAUGUACUUUUUCCUCUGCAAUCUCUCCUUUCUGGAGAUCUGGUACACUACGGGUGUUGUUCCCAAAGCCAUAGGAGUCCUGCUGGGAACAAGCCAGACCAUCUCCUUCCGUGUCUGCAUCCUCCAGUUAUUCUUUUUUCUCUCCCUGGGCUCCACUGAGUGUUUUCUCCUGUCUGUCAUGGCCUAUGACCGCUACUUAGCCGUGUGCUGCCCCCUGAGGUACAGCUCCCUCAUGAGCAGGGGCCUCUCUGCUCGCCUGGUGCUCGGCUCCUGGCUGGGAGGCUUUCUGGCCAUCUCCCUGCUGGCCUUCCUGACCUCCAGGCUGACGUUCUGUGGGCCGGAUGUCAUCAAUCAUUUUCUCUGUGAUAUCGAUUCCUGCCUCGCCCUCUCUUGCAGUGACACGCGGCUCCUGGAGCUGGCAAGCUUCCUAGUCUCCAUCGUUGUUGUGGUGGCCUCCUGUGUGGGCACCCUGGUCUCCUACACGUUCAUCAUCUCUUCCAUCCUGAGAAUCCAGUCAGCCCAUGGCCGCAAAAAGGCCUUUUCCACUUGCUCUGCCCAUCUCGGUGUCGUCACAAUCUGGUACGGCUCCAGCGUCUUCCUGUAUGUCAAGCCAUCAGCCCACAACUCCCUGGAGCGGAACAAACUCGUCAAUACCUUCACCACAGUUAUAACUCCUCUGUUGAACCCCUUCAUUUACACACUCAGGAACAGAGAAGUGAAGGAAGCUCUGGGGCGCGCUUUCCAGAGAAAGUGAAGUGGCUUUGCAAGGGCCUCAGUGGGAGCAGAGAGAUUCACCCCAUCCCACCCAUCCCCGCUGCCCUGCACAAUCUCUCACCAAAGCGCACGCGCCCCUGGGCAUCACAGGGCAUGAGAAGCCACCAGUUCCCCCGGUGCUCCUCUCACCCACCUUACAGCCCUCUUAGGUGGGGCUGAACUCCAAUUCUCAAUCCCCCCUUCCCUCUGUUUGCUCCUGGGUAAACUCCAAAUGUCUCGCAAUGUUCAAAAGAGCAGCGCUUGGGAAGGGUCACCAACCCCCCCAGUGCUCUGCUCACUCUGACCUUUUCGCGGUGCAGCCGUGCCGCGUUCUUGUGGCAGUUUCACCAAAUCCUGCUCUGGUUCCAGGUAGAACUGGCAGUGUCUGGCACCUCUCCCUUUGGCUGUUAUUCCCAGCAUAAGACACUCAAUAUCAUUUACAUUCCUCUCCCUUCCCUCGAUCCAGGCUCUGAAUGUACUUUCAAAUUUGUAAUUAAACAUAUGCAAAUCACUCUUCCAUGCUGGAUGUGCCAGGGCAUUUCCACCUCUCAAAUCCUGCACCAGUUUUUAACCGUCCAUUGUUCCACCACUCGGGGCUUUAUUGUGGAAACCCAUUCCCGGGAUGGGCAAAGUCCCCAGAGCACAGGUGUCACAGCUCUUGGGGCUGCUGCCUGGGUACCAAGUCUCUCCUGACACACACUGGGAGGGUGUCAGCACUGCCAGAGGGCUCUUGUUUCCCCCCUUCCAAUGGUUUCCAUUGCAAAAGAGAGGAACCACAGUCUCAAAGCUCUUCUUCCUGCACACAGACAGUGAAGGGCGUCCAUGGGAGCACUUGCUAGGGAGGAGACCUCAACCUGGCAGAGACCCCUCUAUGAACAGUGUGGGAUUGAUCUCAGGGGAGUGUGGGCUCUGCAAGGGAGAGGAUUGAGCCUGGAAGGAGCGCCUCCUCUUUCCUUCUGGAAGCAGUGGUGUUUCUGGAGGUGAUUCACCAACCUCCUGCAUCCUCCGGGCUGGGCACUUGGCCCUCAGCCCUGCAGCCAGGCCGGGCACCUGGGCCCAAGGACAGGCUGAUGCCCACCCUUGUCAGAUGGGCUCUCCUGCUCGGUGGCAUUACGGAAAACCCCUGGGACAGCCUCUGAGGCUGGAGAAAAAGCCUGAGCACGGCUCUGUCCUCAUGUCCCCACCACUGAUUGUCAUUCCUUGCUCUGGGGGAAAAACUGCAUCUGCAGAGGAUUGAGCCAUCUGGAGCCUCAGAGAGCAUCUGCAGCACCACCUGAAAUGUCCAGGGCACCCGAGACACAGCGGACUGCAGGAUACUGAGGGCUCCACCAAUUCCCCACCAACGCUGCCUGGAUCUGUCGGGAGACAUAGAGGGGCUGGAAAGUCAGCACCCUGCAGCUGAGCUUCCCCAUGAUGGGUUGGGGUGCCAGUGCCUAAGAACAGGAACCAGGUCCACUCCUGUUGCCCAGGGGAGGAAACAAGAUCAUAGAUAUGGGGUUACUAUUUGUUCCACAGACACACCAGCAUGGGCAGCGGAACACAGGGGCUCUCUCCAGCACUGGGGAUUUCCCGGAGAAGGAGCAGAGACUCAAAAACAAUAGGACCACUCUCCAGCCCUGGAUGAGUGCAGGAAGGACUUCAACAGGAAACCUGUCCAGUGUCUGCUGAUGGGGCUUUUUCCAUUUGCUCAUUCCCAGACUCUGGGAGAGAAAGGGCUCUUCCCUUCUUGGGCUCCUGUGGACAUUGGGCAAAACCAUGAGUGCAGCUGGGACUCCUCCCAAAAGCUGUGACCACCAGUGGAUGCACAGGGCAACGGAAGGAGAAGAUGAGCUGAGAGGUUCCUUGCCCUGAGUCUGCACUCCAUGGUCCAGCUCUUUGAAGCAGAGGACAUAUCCAAACCUGCUUUGCCCUGGUUAUAUUGCAGCCAUCAGGGGCCUUGGACUUUUUUAAUCAUCAAAGACCCUGGAUCUGGGUGGAUCUGGAAAAGGCCCGCUGGGCUGUUCUUCCCAGCAACCCAGGCUGGGGAGGCAGAGGAUCAACUUCCCUCAGCCCCAGGUGCUGCUGCUGGGCAGG